CCAUAGAAGUCUCUUCUUCCUCCCUCACUUCCUGGGGUCAUACAGUGAUUUCCUGCCUUUGUGCUCCCUUCUCUGCUCCUGACAGAAACUCAGGACACUUGGCCUCCCUCUGCAAUGAUGGGACCCCUGCUUCUGGCCAUCCUCUGGAAAGAUGCCGAUACAAACCAUGACCCACCAGUGGCUACGAAUAAGCCAGCUAAACCAGUGCAGAAAGGCACCCAGGGCCGGUUCCGCUUCCUCGGGGACCUCAGUAACAACUGCUCCCUGAGCAUCAGAGAUGUACGGAAGGACGACAAUGGCUCUUACUUCUUCCGGGUGGAAGCAGGAGAUUUCAAAUGGAAUUACUGCAACAAGCCAGUCUAUGUACAGGUGACAGCCCUGAAUCACCCCCAUAUCAUCAUCCCGAGGACCCUGGAGCCUGGCCAUCCCACCAAAGUAACUUGUUCUGCAUCCUGGGCCUGUGAGCAGGGGACACCCCCUAUCUUCUCCUGGAUGUCAGCUGCCCUCACCUCUCCAGGCCCCAAGACUGCUCUCUCCUCAAUGCUCACCCUCACUCCUCGGCCACAAGACCAUGGUACCAACCUUACCUGCCAGGUGACCUUCCCUGGAGCUGAUGUGACUGUAAAGAAAACCAUCCAGCUCAACGUGUCCUAUGCUCCACAGAACCUGAUAAUUAGUGUGUCCUGGGGAAACAGCACAGGAUCUGCAGCCCUGAGCAGUGGUUCAUCUCUGCACAUCCAAGAGGGUGAGUCCCUGCGCCUGGUGUGUGUCCCUGACAGCAACCCUCCUGCCACGCUGAAAUGGACCAAAAAGGGCCAAACCCUGAGGACCUCACAGCCCUCCAACAAUGGGGUUUUGGAGCUGCCUUGGGUGGAGCUGGAAGACCAAGGAAAAUAUGUCUGCCAUGCUCAGAACCUGUUGGGCACUCAGACAGCCUCUGUGAGCCUCAUUGUGCACAAUGUCCUGAAGCUCCUGGGCCCUUCCUGCUCCUGGGGUGCUGAGGGUCUGCACUGCAGCUGCUCCUCCCGAGCCUGGCCGCCACCCUCUCUGCGCUGGCGUCGGGGGGAGGUGCUGCUGGAGGGGAUCAGUAGCAACACCUCCUUCACAGUCACCUCCAGCUCUGCUGGACCCUGGGUCAACAGCUCCCUGAACAUCCACAGGGGUCUCAGCACUGACCUCAGAAUAACUUGUGAAGCCCAGAGCAACCAUGGGACUCAGAGUGGCACUGUCUUCCUGCUUCCAGGGAAUCCAGAACCCAGGAAGGCAAUGGUUCAGGGGGUCGUCGGGGGAGCUGGUGCCAUGGUCCUGCUUGCCAUCUGCCUCAGCCUCAGCUUCUGCAUAGUGAAGACCUGCAGGAAGAAAUCCAGGCAGAAAGCAGCGAGUGGGGAUGGCACCCAUCCUGAGGAUCACCUGAAUGCAUCCGAGUCGCACAGCACCCCAUCCCACCCACCCCCUGUGGGGGAGCAGCCUGAGGCCCAUUACGCCUCCCUCAGCUUCCCAACCCCGAAGUCCACCAGGCCCCAGGCCCAGGUCUCCAAUACCACCGAGUACUCGGAGAUCAAGAUCCACAAUUGAUGACGGCCAUCCCUCCAGCCCCAGCUCUGGCUGGACCCCCAAAAAGUCACCACUGAGGAGCAUGUGUGUCGGGGACAGACUCGUGACAAUAGCCUUGAGCCACAUGUUAUACAUGAGAAAGUUGAGUUCCUUGAAGUGGGUGAAGGUCUCAGAGAUUCCUGGGGUCAAAUCCACACUCAGAAUUAACUCAGGAAAAGCUCUGCGCCUUCACUUCCCUCUCCGUGAUAUUCGCUAGGUACGUUAAGUAGGAAAAUGCACAAUUUGUAUUGUUUGGUGUCUUGAUAAGUUGUGGCUCUUUGCCCUGCUGCCUCACCAGGGUGGAGCAAGAUGUCAUCUUUGACUCCAUCGCACACUUGGUUUUGCUUUACUAUUUCUAAGAGCAUGGCUAUAUUAAAAGGUAAAUCUAGCCGGGAGCUGGUGGCUCACACCUGUAAUCCUACCUACUCAGGAGGCAGAAAUCAGGAAGAUUGUGGUUUGAAGCCAGCUCAGGCAAA